AGCAGCGCUGUUGCCUCUCAGAGAAGCUUAGACCAGCACCGACACAACACCCAGCAGCUCUCCGGCUCCGCUACACCUCCACUAGUCUUCAGCAUGUCCGCUCAGGAGCCGGGAUUAGUGUAUCUAAUAACGGGAGGAUGUGGAUUUCUCGGGCAGCACCUGCUGCGAGUCCUGCUGGAAAAGGAGAGCAACCUGAAGGAGAUCAGACUGUUCGAUAAGCUCUCAGACCCCAGCCUGCAGAACCACAGCACAGAGCGGGUCAAGGUGGUGGUCAUUCAGGGAGACAUAACUGAUUCCCAGUGUGUUCUGGAUGCCUGCAGAGGAGCUGACCUGGUCAUUCAUGCUGCCAGCUUGGUGGAUGUCUGGCACAGAGUGCCGGAGAAGACCAUCCAUGCCGUUAAUGUAGGAGGUACAGAAAACGUUAUAAACGCCUGUGUGGAGCUGGGUAUUCAGCACUUGGUCUAUACCAGCAGUAUGGAGGUGGUGGGACCCAAUGUAAAAGGAGACCACUUUGUCAGAGGAGAUGAGGAUACCCCUUAUAAAAUUUUCCAUGAGAUGCCGUACCCCAAGAGCAAAGCUGAAGCAGAGAAACUGGUGCUGGAAGCCAAUGGCACAAAGUUAAAUGGGGGUGGAAUCCUGUACACAUGUGCCCUGCGACCAACGGGUAUCUAUGGGGAAAACCACCAGUUGAUGAAGGAUUUCUACCAGAUGGGGGUCCGCACUGGGGGCUGGCUGAUUAGAGGAGUGCCCCAGGAUACCGAGCAUGGACGUGUGUAUGCAGGUAACGUGGCCUGGAUGCACUUGUUGGCGGCGCGAGCCCUGCGCGAGCAUCCCGAGACGCUGGGGGGUGAAGUGUACUUCUGUUACGACGACUCUCCUUACAAGAGCUACGAGGACUUCAACAUGCAGUUCCUGUCGGCCUUCAACUUCCGCUCGGUUCGCGUCCCGCUGUGGUUUCUUUGGUUCCAGGCCUAUGUCAACGACAUGCUCCACUGGGUCCUGAAGCCUGUCUGCAACUUCACACCUCUGCUGAACCGCUACACGCUGGCCGUGGCCUCCACGUCCUUCACCGUCAGCUCGGACAAGGCCCUGCGGCAUUUCCAGUACCGACCGCUGUACGACUGGGAGCAGUGCCGCGCCCGCACUCAGAAAUGGGUGGACACUUUUCCUCUGGGCACAAGCGCCAAGGAGGCAUAAUGAUACAGUGCAGGACUUCAGGGGGGGAAGCAGAGUUCUGGCUGAGGAGAGAGAGAUGAUAAAUGAACUUUUUUAGAUGAAUUAAAGUGAAUAACUAGAAGUGAUGGACUGGAAAGAGAAUGAGGUUAAAGUUUGACAUAUGAUGAUGAUGAUGUCAUCGUUCCACUAUAAUAGCAUAGCACAAAAGGCAUGGAGCACACCACCAAUAAUUUAGCACUAGUUCCUGUGGGUGCUUUGCUUGGCAGUAGUGCCUAAAUCCAUCUGUCAGAGGGUGGACGUUUCCUGGAGACCCGCCUUAAAGAAGGCGAAAGGGAAAACAGAACAGAAUCAUGACGUUAUUUAAAAAUGACGUGCAAACAAUUGUGGGAGUUUGAUUUAGAGAUGGAUUUGGAGUUAAAUGGAGGACCAAAAGUGAUGGAUGACUGAAAGAAGAGACUGGGAGUUUGAUCUGCAGUAUUUUAGAGGUAUUCAAACUUUAGGACAUGACCCCUAGUGGGGCGCAAUGGAAUUGCAAGGAGAGGGGGUGAAGUUGAGGCGUGAUACAAAAAAAUACUUUAAAAAAAUUAAAGACUUAAAAAUGUAUUUUUAUAAUAAAAUAGAUAGAAAUUAGUGUCACGUGAGUAAUUUAGCAUCAUGUGUUGUCAAUUUGCGAUGGGUAAAAAUGGAACGUAAGUAAGUUAAAUAAACAGAUGUGAAGGAGAAAGAGAAAGAGCUAAAAGAGAAAGAGAGAGAAAAAAGUUGGCCAGUUGGCCAGAAAGAAAAGUUCUGUUCUGUAAGUUCUCAAAAUAGUGCUUAGUGGACUCUGGGAUUAAAAACAAUUUGAAUGCUUUUUACAUAUACAGUAUAUAUAUAUAUAUGAUACCAGCUGAUACCUCUCAUUAUUCUUUAAGUGUUGUAGACUUUUAGAUUUAUGUCAUAACAUAAUGACAUAAUGACAUCAUUUAGCAGACUGGGAUGACUCAGCCUAUCUGUUCAGACUGCCAAAUCUGUCCAAAUCCGACCGCUGACGUAUUUAGAUGAUAUCCAGAUUUUAUUUUUAUUUGUUUUUGAUAGUCUAGACUAGCUAGAAACCACAUAAGAUCUGAUUUUUUUAAAUUGGGUUGCAAAUAUUAUAUUUGCGAUGUCCAGACAUGCAAAUCGGAACUGAUCUCUUGCAAAUGACAGUGCAAUCGCAACAGAUUUAAAAUCAAACUCAACCAAUCAGAUUUGCAGUCUCUGAUGAUCCUGACCAAUAGUGUAUAACCCAUUCCUGCAGUAUUAGAACUUUUCUGUUGUAUUGACACCUCAGUUGGUGAACUGAUACCAAAAAUUAUUAUAAUUUGUUUUUCAAAUGACUGUAGAAAAACAUGAACAGCACUAAUUCAUUGCUAUCUUAAACCCUGCGAACAGUCUAAUUUCAAGCCUUCUAGCUUCUUCUCUGGUCGCCAAAUUCUGGUUGUUCAUUGUUGCAUUGUUGUAGCAUCAGCUGCAUUAACAGACACUCUGUACUGUAAGUUCUUUACAGUUUUUCCGUUAGGUCCUUCAUUAGGAUUGGUUGUCAGUCACUCAGCUAAUUUUAUUGUAGUGAGACAUAUUUUUUUUCUGGUGUGAACCUGAAUUUAAAUAUAAAAAAGUUAUUUUUUCUUCUUUUGAUUGUUACGGCUGCAAACUGAUAUUCUGACCGCAGCUUGAAGCAUAAACUGGACUUCGCUUCUGCCCCUUUUGGAUUUGCUGUAAACUCAGUGAUGGUCUUAGGGAAGGGGGAGGGUUGGCUUCUUCUCUGGUCUCUACUGCACCAAUUUCUGGAGCCACUUUUUUUGGUUCGUUUUGUAAUUUUGUGGCAUCAGUCGCAUUAACAGACACUCUGUAAUUAAGUUCUCUACAGUUUUUCCAUCCUUCAUUUAGAUAAUGGCGUAAAAUUCAUUCAGUGAUCUAAUUAGUUGUUAGCCACUCAGCUGACGUUAUCGUAGUUAGACAUACUUUUUUAUUUUUUUAGAGAUUCUUUUCUCUAAAUAUUUUUAGUAUAAAUACUGUUUCGUUUUUUCUUCUUUUACUGACAGUCUUAGAGCAGCUUGAAGGAUAAACUGGACCAAAGUAUAUUGUAGGUUUGUCUCAGAAGCAAGCAGAGGUAAACCCAGUUCUCUGUUAUUUGAUGGAAACGUAAAUGGUUUAGUGAUAAAAUACAUGAACUUCACUUUCUGGACAAACUGGGUAUCCAGUGCAAAAAUCCACUUUCUUUCUGCUCCUUUCGAUUUGCUGGAACUCAGUAAUAGUCUGGGAAAGGGGGAGGGGCUAACAAAUGAGUUUUUGAGCAAAUCUGGCUUCUUCUCUGGUCUGCGAUUUUAACAACAUGGCGGCCACUUUUGGGCUCAUUUCUAUAGAUCCAUAGGACUAGUGUUCUUGCUUUUCUACAGUCAUAUUUUUCUACAGUCUUCAAGAUUGAAUGCCUUUUUUGUGUCCACUCACUUCUGUUUUCUGUAGAUGAAUAAGCAAUAAAUAACUGGUGUUAUAUGCCCAAUAAUCUACAGUAUGCAGUAUAUAAGUAUCACUUUGGUGAUAUUAGCACAUCUGAUUCAUUCUCUUCUAUUUCAGAAGGGACACGGCAUUGCUGGCAUUUACUAUAGAUUAUAUAAUGUUGUCUUGUUAAUUAUUAUUUUUUGAAUGUAUGUUAAAUUCAUUUUAUUGUCCACAUAACAAGGGAUGUAACACAAUUAACAUUGUAUUUAUUAUUUUUCUAUACUAUUCUGCACUUUAAUUAAAGUAAGGUAAUUGUAUGAUAUUUAUUUAUACUAUGAAAUAAUUUGAUAUCAUUAAAAGCAUUAUUCUAA